CUUUUCUACUGUCUCUGCUUCUGCCUAUCCCAAUCCCACGCCUUCUCCCUUGUUUUAUGCCCUGUUCCUUGUCCCACGCCUUGCUCUGAACCUGUCGCAGCUGGAGGAUCAGAGCAAGGCUGAGGCACGAGCAGGGGCGGAUGCUGGUGGUGAGGGGACGGGGGGUGAAGGAGGUGUGGGGGCGGUGCGAGCAGGGGAUGAGGGCGAGAGUGGGGGGAGAGAGAGGGACGAGGACGGGUGGGAGUGUCCAGGAGUAGACAAGGAGGGACGCCAUGGGGGGCCAGAUGGGCAGGGCAGCGGGGAUGGGGAUCGGGGAGGGCAUGGGGAAGUUGAUGGUGAGGGGGAUGAAGGGAGAGAUGGUGAGGAGGAUAGGGAUGGUGAUGAUUUCAGUGAUGCUGCUGCUGCUGCUGCUGAUGCUGAUGCUCGUGCCGGUGCUGGUGGGCCAGCACUGCCAUGCACAACCAUGGGGGUGGAUGAAGGAGUGGAAGAGCUGCAGGAUAGUGACUCCGAUGCGGAUGACGACGACGACGCCAUUCAACAUGCCUUCCCAUUGGUCGGUUCCUCUCGCUAUGCUCAUGCCGUGUCGGCACAUCCAUGGCGCCACUCAUCCCACCCACACAGCCUUGUGCACGGCACCUCGCCUGCACGUGGCAGCGGGCACGCAGCAUGUGUGGCGGUGGGGCGUGGCAGUGUGUAUUCACGUGGGACACCGUCGCACUUGCCUCGCGCCACAUCACCUCACUGCUCUGCACCACUCUCUGCCGUUGCGCUGGCUGGCUCCGCUGUUGAUGCUGCCAGUGAAAAUGCUGCUGAUGCGGUUGCUGCUGCCGCGGCUGCGAGUGGAGUGGCAGCGCUGGCGGAGGCAGCGAGGGCGAUGGUGAAGCAGGAGGCGCUGGAGGCAGUGGAAGCGCAAGGGACGCACGCUGUCACGCCCCUUCCUUCUCCUGCACAACCACUGCCCGACACAGCGGCUCGCGUGCGGAUGGGCCGAGAUGAACCAGAAGGGGCAUUGAGAGGCGGUGCGACAGCGGGUGCAGCAGCAGCUGGUGGUGGCGCUGACAUCGCAGCACGUGCAGCAGCAGGGGAGAGAGUGGGUAGGGAGGGUGCGCUCGAUGUGUCUUCUGGGGAGGCAUGGAGAGGCAGAGCUCCAUUGGAUGGGGCUGCGGCCAAUGGGGUGUCGAUUGUUGACGCCUUGUUGCGAGGGAAGCGCGGCGCAGAUGAGCAGCUGUUGCAGGAGAAAACCAAGCUGCUGAGAAGGUUCUGGAUGGAUUUGCAGGGGGGUCAGCAGGAGGGGGAAAAUAGUCAUCAUCAACAUCCACCGCAGCAUGCACAGGGGCAGCGUGAAGAGAGUGUGCCGUCCAGAGCGCAUGGAGGGGGCAGUGGCAAGCGAGUGGAUGUGGAUGUGGGUGUGGGUGUGGGGUGCACAGGCAGCGCUCCUGCGCAUCCGCGGAUGGGCUCACAUGGCGUGGGGCGAGAUGCUGCUGCCCACGACGCUGUGCACGCACACAGCAUCAGUGGUGCCCCGGGGUCUGGUGCUGUUGCCAUGCCGCAUGCCACCCCACCCGACCCUCAAGAGGUGGUGGUGCAAGCGGGGGAGGUGAGAGAGGAGCGAGCAUGUGGACCUCUGGCUGCUGAGCAGGGGAAGGGGGCCAGGGGAAGGGCAAGUGAGCUGUUUGGUGAUAUUCAAGGCCCACGCAUGCAGCCGCAACAAGCAUCGUGGCAGCAGGAGAAGGAUACUAGGUAUGGUGCGGCGCCUGAUGGCAGAACCCGGCAGGGCGGGGCGAUGCAGCUCGGGAGCUUCUCACUGCCGCCUGCUUCCAGCGCCCGUGCACUGGCCACUGAAUGCCCGACAGCCAACAACGCGUUUUUUGCGAGUGGAAGUGGCCCACAGCAGCACAGGGGGCUGCCCCAAACUGAUCUCAACAUCGGGUAA